UUCGCCACUUUGUAGUUUGCUGGCCGACAUGACAUCUAGAAACGCAAGGAACUGCACCGACCAUGAACGCGGUCUGACUCGGCGAAACUCGAGCUCUCGAGCUCGUACUGUUGUCUGCUUCCAAUACAAGUUGCUGUGUUCUCUAGCGUUGAUGGCUGUUGUUGCUGCUGGCAACCCAUGCAAGAAAUUCUAUCGAACCGAGCUUCCACAUCAUUGCACUACUCGUGCGUGUGCAUCGUGUCCUGCAGGAUCUGGUGUCGUCAAAUUUUGCAAUGGCUCUAGUCCAACAGUCUGUAAAGCAUGUGUUGCUGGCAUAAACUUUUCCAACAGAUCAAAUCCAUACGACGUGUGUGAGAGCGUCAGCCAAUGUCGAUCGAACCAAGUAGUUAGCGCACCGGCAACUCGAUUCAGCGAUGUCCAAUGUGUCUGUCGCCAUGGCUAUGAGGUGUCUACAUUAGGAAAUUGUGUGUUUAAAGUAUUAUUCGUGACAAAUUCAUACACAACAACAGCCAAUCAAUGGCCUUCCUCUAGUGGCAGCAGUCAGCUGACUUCCACAAAAGUUUUACCCUUGGAAACUGAAAAUGUACACACUCCAUCCAGCUCAAGUAUUCAACUGCCGAUGAACCGUCAGAGUGAAACGAAAAUGGUAUCAAGCAGCAUGGUGUCAAGUACAGGAUUUAUUAAAACGACUGGUAUGAGUGCAACCAUAAUUAUGAAAUCUGCUGAUGAUACAUUGAUGUCAACAAUUGUUUUGGCACUUUCUCUGGUGAUUGUUGUGGUCAUCACUGCUGUUGUUGUAAUGGUGGCAUGCCGUUAUUAUCGUUGUGACAAGUAUUGUCGAAGGUGGAGUAGAGGUAAACGCGAAGACGACGAGGAACAUCUUAUCGGACAGCCAAACAGCCAUCACCGCAGAAACGUGCAGAAUGCUUCUGUCGGUUUGCAAUACACACUGAGAGCUGACAUCCCCUUUUCAUAUUUACCAUGGAAAACAUAUAAUUGGACAAAGAACGACAUUCCACUGAAGCAGAGCAGUCGUGUGACGAUUAACAAUACGUCAGUCACAUUUAUAGACGUCCAACCUGAUGCCGCAGGCGAAUACUGCUGCAGGAACAAGAGUGGAGAGCCACAAAAGACAAUACAGUUUGUAGUAAAAGAGAAUCUUCUUCCUAAUUAUCGAGUCGAUGAAGGCAUGCCACUCGUACUAAAAUAUGUUAUACAUGCAGCUGAUAUGUGCAGUGACUGGAGCUAUCAGUGGUUUUGCGAUGGUGUGCAGCUACGGUCUGCCAGUCGUGAUUGGUCGGGUGAAAACGUGACGAAAUUGGCCAUUUACAGAGUGAGUGGUCGGAAAAAGUAUUGGUGUGUUGCAAAGAGUGACGAGUGGCGAUUGAAGUUGCAAUCGGCUACAGCUGUCGUCACAUGUAGUGGGAUCCGAUCAAGUACUACUGAUUUUACUCCUACUGAUUGUACUCCUACGAAAGAUGCAUUGCCAAAUCGUGAUGGAAAUGACAUUGGAGGUACAACAGAUCUGGAAACGAAAUUGGAAGAUGAUAUGGGUCAAGAGACUGGUGCUGCUUCUGCGAGAGGUCGUGACAUAAUUCAAGCUACAGAGGAUCAUCCGCAACAUUUCCUUGAGCAGGUAGUGCAUUCGUCGGAGAAAAAUGAUGCUACAACGGGGCAUGUAGUGCAAGUAGGAAAAUUGUUUUCUUGUGUCAAACAUCUCACAGCAGAGAUCUUACAUCAGUUGGCUAAAGACAUUGGAGGACCAAAUAAUGAUUUAAGUAGUGUAUUGGCAAUAGCUGAAUCGAUGGGAGUCGAUGUCGAGGAAGUCAAACACAGAGCAACAAUGUCCAGCAAAGAUCUAUCACUUUUUGCCUUGGAGAGACUGCGUGAAAUUAAUCCCGACUAUCCGCUUUCUGCACUCUGUCACAUAUUUGUAGAGAACGACCGACCGGAGUGUGCUGUGGAGUUGACCAAACAUGUGAGGAGAGCCGAUGGUAUUCUGCGGUUGCCUGAUCGUCUGCAGAAGCAACUCUCGAGUCUGAUCGGUGGGAUGGAAUAGCAAGGGGUAGCUGACGUCUUGGACAUUUAAAAUUUAUGUAAGUAUGGAUUUUUGCAUCACUAUACCUUGUUAUGAUUGUGUAUGCAUGUACUUGAUGGUACAAUCAUUAGGAUAUGCAUGUUACGCAUGUAUCAAGUAGUCAUAGAGGUUAGAUAAUGUUGAUUUAUGUCAAUUGCUAUAGUUGCUGUUUGAGUUUUUUUACAUCUACUUGUAGUAGUCACAUUUUUAGCAUUCUGUUAGAUAUGAAUAAUCUGUAUUCAUAACUAAA